AUGGGGGGGGCCACAGAAGGGGGGGGGUUGAGAGACGGUGGAGAUGUGCGAGAAGAGGAGGGAAAUGGAGUGGUUCUGGCGGGGAAGAACCAGAAAGUACACGGCAAUGGGCGGGUCAAGCGCGCAUACAGCAAGUACCAAAGGCGAGCGAGACGAGCGAGACGGACGAAAGACCAAGGGAAAGGGGCCCUGGGGAGCAGCGCGGACGAGACAGAGGUGGGAAGCGUGGUAUGGCAAAUGACGGCGUGCGAUUGGCCGACAAGCAUGGAAAAAGACGAAAAUGAGUGGGAAGAGUAG